CAUUGCUUCAAAUGGAGCUCUUGGGAUGCAUGAUUUACUUAAAGAAAUGGGUCAAGACAUUGUUCGUCGUGAAUCCCCUGAAGAGCUUGGUAGACGUAGUAGGUUAUGGAGUUAUAAGGAUGUCCUGCAUGUAUUGACAAGUAAUGCUGGAACAAAGGCAGUUAAAGGCAUAAUGCUAAACAUGCCUAUUGAAGCAAAGGAAUGCUUGAGUGUUGAAGCCUUCUCAAGGAUGACAAAUUUGAGAUUCCUUAAAAUUGGUAAUGUGCAUCCUCCACAAGACCUCAUUAGAGGUCCUAUCCAACUUCCACAAGGCCUCAAUUAUCUUUCUAAUGAGUUACGUGUAAUAGAUUGGCAUGGAUAUCCUUUAAAAUCCCUGCCAACUAGUUUCCAACCAAACAAACUUGUUGAACUGAGAAUGCAUUGCAGUGACGUCAAACAACUAUGGAAAGGAAUUAUGAUUUUAAACGAGUUAAAACUCAUAGACAUGAGUGACUCUCAAAAUUUGAUUGAGAUCUCGGACCUUAGUGGAGUCCCAAGUCUUAACCAACUGAUUUCUUCGACGUUGUACAAGGCUAUAUAUGAUUUGUGCAUCUCUUGGAGAUCUCGAACAGCUUAUUCAAUUGGAUUUGAAUGGUUGCAAGUGUCUCAAAAGCCUUCCUCACAAGAUCAACUUGGAAGCACUUGAAAUUAUUGAUCUUGGUGGUUGUUCAAGGCUAAAGAAAUUUCUGGAGAUUAAGGGAAAUAUGUCACGGUUGUCAGGACUUCGUUUGUGUAAGACUGUUAUAAAGGAUCUAUCAUUAUUAUUGGAACAUUUAACCAGCCUUACAAAAUUGGAUCUAAGAGAGUGCAAAAACCUUUGAAGUCUUCCUAAUGCAAUAUGUAGUUUGAUGUCUCUAAAAACUCUCAAUUUAUCUAGCUAUUCAAGACUUGACAAAUUGCUAGAGAACUUGGGAAAUGUUGAAGGACUA